CGUCACAUUAUUUUCUACAAAAUGGCCGAGCUGUAAAGACGUGUAUUGUACUAAUAUUCUUGCCAUAAUGGAGCCCAACAGUGUUUUGUACGACAAAUCAAGCAAAUCUAUGAGUUAUUCAGUGUUUACAACCUGUGUUUGUGUAUCAAAGUGCGGUACAGUGAGAGACGCGUUGUGUGGACACCCACAUUGGAACGAUUUGGGAUUCCCGACAACAAAUAGAUUGAGAAAGUCCAAGUUUACUCACAGGCCGUCGCCUGACAUUACAAACUUUUGUACAGCGUGAGUGUAGAAAGGCAGCAGAAUGAAUUUCCAAGGGGACUGGAACACUCGGCGGUCCCCAUUUGCUCCCAUGCAGUACCCGAUUGGGAACUUCUACACGGACGCGCAGAAGACGGAAAUGAAGGACACGUUCGGUGAGAACCUCUUCCACAACCUCCAUCUUAUCCCCGAGCCGCUGAAGAAAAACCUAGCGGACACUUUGCCGACCAAUCAGAAGGAGAGUAUUUUUGAGGGUUCACAGCAGCGACCCAGCAUGGGUGCCGAGUACUCUCGCCUGUCAGGCAUCGCGAGCUUCUUCACCGGUAUGAUGUCGGCACUGUCAGGCGCGGUGUUCCGACGCGCGCGCUCCCCGGAGGCCGGAGACGUCGCCUGGCAACACGCCAACGGCGAUUACAAAAAUGUACUCGACCCAGCGAGCGAGGCAAAUGUGGCCAUGUCGGAGUGUAAGACAGCGGCCGUCGCCUGCGAGGACAAGCUCAACAAGGUCCGCCAACUCCUCACCAACAAAACCACCAAUCGGUACAUCAGCCGGAGACCCAGGAGAGUGUUUGUAGAUCCAACAUCUGUGGAGGAGCAGUUUGAAGAUGCCUUUGCGCCUGAAGACUUUAUUGGGGUUGCCAAUGACACCAUUAUUGAGUAUUUCAGUCCAUUACAAUAUCAGGAACAAGAGUAUUAUGAAGUUGAUGCACCAAUUAUUCGGCUGCAGACAGCACCAGCAUCUGAACAGGUUCCACCCACAGCACCUAAAAUUGUUACAGAACAAGAGCAACCUGCAACAAAGGAAAACAACCCAGCACAAGUAGUGUCAUCAUGUGAAGACAAACUGUCCAAAUUGAAAGCAUUGUUACAAAACAAAAGAAAUGCCAGAACAAAGGAGCUUGUCCCUGAGACACCUGUUGAAGUUCUUCCCACAAGACCAACAAAGUCAAUCCCUAUUGUAAAACCAAAGGAUAAGAAAUACAAGAACCCUCACCGUCUGUAUGCAGACAAGCGUCAGAAAACAAGAAUUAAGCAAGACAUUCAAGAGGAUAUGUUGUUCGCCGAAGAGGUCAACCUGGACGAGUCCAGCGUUGACAACUCACCGUCUUUCCACUCACUGGAAAAAACUUCCGAGCCAUCAUUCGACACUCCGCAAGAGUAUUUCGACGAAAUCACCGGUCGUUUCCGGAGCACGUCGGCGUCCAGCGACGAUUCCUACCAGAUUGUCUUCACCGACAUCCCGCAACGAGUCCGAAGCACAUCGGAAUGUGACUCCGAGGACUCCUUCAUUGUGUUUGAAGACUCUCCUGACAGUUGUUACACGUCCAACGAUGUGUUUGGAGAUAGUAGUGACUCUUCGGACAGUGAAUCUGACUCUGGGUGUGAUAAUAUGAGGAUGCCACAGUGUCUAUCCAGGACUGUUAGUAAUUUAGCGGAUGCUAGUCUCUACGAUGAGGUGGACGGUUCCCAGAUUGUGUCAGAAGUGAGCGAGAUUAACACAGGCCUGCUGCUGGAUGAGAGGAGGAAGGCUUUGAAGAAAAACCUUCCUGCUAAGAAGGUUCGAUUCUCAGAGGCGGCGCCGCGUGUGCACGUAAUGCGCGUUUGGGCGUUCGCCGCGCGGCAGGCUCGGCCCGGCCACUGGGAGCGGUACGCACGCGACCGCGAGCGGUUCCAGCGCAGGAUUGCCGAUGUGGAUAUGGCGGUGUCUUGGGUGUUGAAACCACAGCAUCGCGCACGCGUCAUGUUCCAACGGUUUAUGCCGUGGUGGAACGCGCAGAAGAGAAAAGAACUAGCCGAGAAGAAAGAACUAGAAGAGCAGAUGAAGAAAGAAGCUUUAGAGAAGGAACUCGCUGGCGCCGACAACGAUACUGAUACACGACCUAAUAACCAUGUAAAAACAGAUCCAACAGAAGUUAACGAAGUAAAUAAAUCUGAAGAUGUAAUCAAUGAAGUAAAAAACUGUGGAGAAAUUGUUAACAAAGUAAUCAAUAGUGAAGAAGUUUUAAAUUCCGAAUGUACUGAAAUUCCAUCAGAUAAUACUCAAAAAGGCUUAGACGAUUUUAGAAGUGAUGUGGAGAAAAUUGUAGUUGAAAAAUGCAAUGUUUGUAUGGUAAUCAGUAAUUACAAUAGUGGUGUGAAAUGUGAAGAAACAAAUUACGAAAUUUUAGAUAAAGUGAGAAGUGAUGCGGAUAUAAUUAGGAAUGAUUUAGAUGUUAAAUAUGAAAGUCCUAAAACAAUUGAAUUCGUUGCAAGUAUUUGACGACACGAUAUUGUAUCAUACAGACUUGUAAGGCGUGGUAGGUGACGACAAAUUAAAACAACAGACCAAUUUCCUGGAAUAAUGGCGAAGCUCUCUAAAUUUACGAUGAAGACGGUAAAUGUUCCCUAGUUCAGAAACUUUGAUUCUAACGAGACUCAAAUCAUAUUUCCACGUGCAUUUAAGUAGAUAGAAAAUCAGAACUCUAGUGGUGUUUAGAUUUUUAGAAUAUUUUUUUACAGCUGUGCAACUUACAUUUGAUUAGUCAAAUUAGAUCUAAAUCAACUUCUCAGGCCUCGGCCUCUUCAAAAACAGUUUAAAUAAGGGCUCCACCGCUAGACCAGAAAAAAGCAUUUCAAUAUGAAUCUGGCAAUAUUUCUUAUUUAAAAAAAAUAUUUGCUAGAACAUGACUAUCGGAAACUAUAUCGUCUAUUCGACUAACUAGGGAUCUAUUGUCUUAAAAUAACAUUUCGGUUGCCACUACGUCCAUCUUACAAGUGCCUAAACUCGACUGAAUCGUCAAAUAUAAAGCUAGAAUAUAAUAUAGUUGUAAAAUGUAAACAAUACUGUUUUAGGAUUUUUGUAUGAUAGAGAUAAAUCCGUCUGCAUUGGUUAGUAAAUUGUUGUAGACCAGCGGGGUUGUUGCAAUAUUUUGGGUACCGCAAGCAAUAAAUAUGAAGAUUUUUACAAAAAAAAAAAAAAAUUUUCGCCUGUCGAUGCUUCAAAUAUUUAAGCGACAGGUAAACUAUUAAAAUUAUAUUAUUAAAAUAAAAGUUUUUAUUUUAAUAAUAUUAUUCAUAACAAUUUAACUAUUUACUUUAUAAAAAUAAGUCUAAUAAUAUAAAAUUAUUAUAGAGAUAGAAAACCUAGAUCAAACGAAGCAGAAAUAUCUGGUGAUUCCAAAUUUAUUUGUAACUUAUAUUCAGUAUAUAUGUCGCUUAGAUAUAAUUGUCUUUUAAGCGUCGAUACCAUUAGAUUAGAAAAACAUUUUGAAAUAUAUUAGUCAUGUAAUUUAUAUAACAUAUAACUGUAUGAAAAACACGUAUAUGACAUUAGGAGUAAGCCAUAGCAAAUAUAAUUUGUACCUACAUUUCAAUUUCGACAGAACUUUGAAAAUCCAUUUUAGUCCGCAAUAUACUUUGAAAAAAUGUAUAUUGAAAGUGUUGUAGUUGAGUUAAUCACAGCGCACUAUGACUAGAUGUUUUAAUUGAUUGUUACACAAAUUUUAUACAUUGAUAAAAUUUGUAAUUGGUCAUCACAAACAAUGGGAUUGUGGUAAACAUGUUAUAAAACUUAAUUUGCAUUGUCACGUAAGUAAAGAUAGCAGAAUAUGAUGAAAUUCCCUGCCAAUAUUAAUGAUUUUAUUGAAAUUUUAUUGCUAAAGCAUUGAUUAAUGUGAGUAAAAUGAAAAUUAGAGAAUACACUCUUGCCUAUGUAAAACAAAUUUGCAAUCAAAUGACCUCUAGUGAGUAUCAGUUCCUUCGAAGAAUAUUUCAAUUCAAGUUGAUUUUUUUUUCCGUUCUAACUUUGUGCUGACUACCAGACCUUACACAUAAAAUUUUUACAAGUACUUAAUUUGUGCCAGAAUAAAUACGGUAUAUAGGCAUGAACCCGUAAGCGAUUUUGGGCCAGGACAUCGACUCUCGAAUGAUGAUAUUGAGGUAGAAUAGGGCAAUUUAAUCUCAAGCGUAAGUCCUGAAAUAUACCGCUAAUAUUUAUCUAUUAGUUACUUUUAUUAUCCAUAUCAUGCGUGUGUAGUACUAUAAUAUGGGGAUUUAAUUAUUUUUGUAGUCUAUCGGCGCUUACGUUUAUUAGUCGGGAUUUUAGGUUCAUUUCCCUUCGUUUCAUUUAAGUUUUAAACUACCUCCAUUUCACACACUAUAAUAAUUUGAGUCGAUAUUAUUAAAUAAUACGUUAUUGAAUAUCUUUAAAAACAAUUAAUAUAUAAUUAUUGUGUAAAUUUUAUUACAUUAGGAAAUAGUUGUUUGUUAUUUUGGUUGUAUCAUUUAUAUUUUAUCUCAAAUCACGGUCUAAAAGACCGACAUAAGGUAACUUUUACUAACUACUGCAGACGGAGGUAUAUAAAAGAAAAAAAAUCCAUUCAAGGCGUUCUUGUAAUAUAAAUAUAAAUAAGGAACAUUUUAUCUGAUAUGCAUUAAAUUAUUAAGGCCAAUAUGCGAGUAUUUUCAAGGGAUUAAAAACACUUUUGUUACGUGUUCAGUGUGUUCAUACAGUUCAUUAAACAUAUUGCCAGCAGUUCGAGCCUUUUCAAGAAUUGCCCACAACGUAAACGACAUUAGAGUUGUUUGCUGAAAUGACUUUUUUCCAUAUUCUAAAAUAUUUUUAAUUUCGUUUCAGUACGCUUAUUCACGUGGCAUUGUAUAAUGUACUGUAUAGUUCAUACCUUAAGUUCAUUUUCAUAUAUCUGUCGCCGGACAUAUGCAUGUGACACAGAGCGGAGCGGAGAAGCAGUGCGGAGAAAUGUUUAAACAUUAGGCAUUUUUAAAUUCGAUUUUUUUGGGGUCACGUUUGGAAUUUUUUCUCAAGUGCCUAAAUUGGAUAGCAAAAAAUCAUUGCAAAUAUUGAUGGCUAAGAAAAUCCGUAAUUCAUACUUUUUACUUUGUUUUCCGCACCGCCUUACUUCAUUUGGAUGCGUCAAAGAUUACAAUAGAAUUUCUAAUAUUUAUCUCAUAUAGUAUUAUAUGAGAAACGCAUUAGAAAUAGUGUCCAGUUUUUACUUACAAUAGAGCCUUUUAACACCAUGGCGCAGGGACGUACCAGGACUUCCAGGGAAGGUACAGACGGGUUGCUUGUUUUAAAAUUUUAUCAUUAAACAAUAGCACUAGUACCUUGACACGAAACUCUUAUAUAUUAUGUAAAGUUUAUCGAUUAUUUUGCAAUACAUGCGGGUUUAUCCACAUAUCGCUGGCUUACUAUUGCAAGGUAUUGUUAUAUUUGAUGUGCAAAUUGAAAUAUACAAUACAUGUCUCUAAGUCUUUUUCAUUGAAUAUUUUCAAUAAUCCCGAAAGAGAAGUCAAGUGGAACCAUGUUUGUUUUUUCUCAUUUUAACAGACUUUUUCUUAUUCUAUUUGCAACAUAAGUAAAUAAACACAGGGCGUUGUAAUAGUGAGCAAGCGAGAUAUGUCAAAAGGGCAGCAAUUAACGAGCAAUAUGUAAUUGCGAUGUGAUCUGAUGCAGUGUAACUGCCGGGUACAUGAAACUUGACAUCUAGUAUACUUUGUAAUUUAAGCUAUUGGUGGUAUAAACAUACAACCAGUUAUUUCCUCGGUUUUGCUAUAAAUAAUUAUAUUCUAUAACAUCGCGUCUAUGAGAAAUAUGUCGGUUAUGACAAAUUGCACAAGAAAUGAUGCAACCUAAGUAUUGCUUAGAGCUCGUCCUUACAAAAUGUCGGAAGCUUUUGUCUCGAUUAUUUUCUAUCAUGGUUGCGUCACUGAAGUUACUCCUCGGUCUCUAAUAUAUUCAAUACGUUUUGUAAUUAUUUCAACUAAUAUAAACAAACAUUUUCAUUAAAAUGUCGCUUGUGAUCAUUUUCGAUAAUUUUUCUACCUAAAUAAGGUACUUAUAAAUCGGAAGACGGUUAAGGGAACUGUUCUUUGGUUAAAAUUAGGUCUACACUAUCAGAUGCACCCGUGCCAGAUAAAAAAAAAAAAAACUAUUUUAUCCAGUUAGACAACUCUAUCUAACUUUAAAAGUCAUAAACGCCAGUUUGUUUAUAUUGUUUGAAUAUUGCAAAAUACUAGUUAUAUAUCCUAGAAUCUAGUACUUAGACCUCAAAUAUGGAUUAAUUUAAAAGAAUAGCUCACUGAAUAGAUACCAAGAAAAUAAGAAUAAGUUUUUAAUUAAGGUGCAAAGGUAAUUUCAUAAUACAGCCAAGUUGCGUUUGAUUGUAAAAAUUGUUAAUAUUGUAUAAAUACCAUAGCAUGUAUAUUUGUAUAGAAAUAUAAUAUAUUGUCUUUCGCGUCGAAACUGCCGGGUUUUUUAUCUAUAGAAUAAAAUUAUUUCGUUUUAAGACUGGAAUACACAUGCCGAGAAAGGUCCAAAUUAUUCAACUUUUAUUCCAAUUUAUAGCUUGUGUUUCCUUAAGUAUGUGGUUAAAUGUUUCAUAUUGUCUCAUUGUAUGGUAAUUUACCGCCAUAAUUGGCGUCCGCUUUGGUUUUUAAAACGUAUAAACGUGGAUUUUAAUCUAUGUAUUAUUGCAUUGUUAACCGACUUCAAUAAAAGGAGGUUAUCGAUUCGAGGUGUAGUUUUUUAAAUAAAAUAAUCGGGUUUUGUCUCAUAUUCGACAUUAAGGCUAACAUCUAAAGAAUGUUAAUUGAUUCAAGUUGUCUUUGGAAUAUUAUUAUGAGAAUGUUUCGUUUUCUAAAUAAAUAUUGCGGGAAUUAGAUAGUUGUUCCGUUUUUUAAAAUAGCUAUAGAUGUCAGGCUUAAAGUUGUUUUUUAACUAAAUAAGAAAACGUUUCAUAUUUUUUAUAAAUAGCUAAAAGCGUGAAAACUAUAGUUUAUUGUUUUUAUCAAAGACAAUAAGAAUUUAAAAUUACUUUGUGUAUAAACACAUCCUCCCGUUUGAAGCGCUUUAAAAACCUAAGCGUUAAAUUUUAUCAAUUAACAGCACUUUUCACUUUGUUCAAUUGUGUGUAAUAUGUAUGUAGAUUGUAGUGUCGCAAAUGAUUGUCCAUGUUAAAAAUGGGGUCGGUUGUACAAUAUAUUUAUACAAACAAAAA